AUGCACACGGUGUUCAGCACGGAGUGUAACGGGUACUUUGAUUGGCAGUCGUACGGGUUGUACGACAGUUGGCGACGCGUCGGACAGAGGGGUAAAUUCACUCGACUCAUGGCGUGCGACGACGAGAACUCGCCGAGUUUGCGAGUGGUUCCGGACACGCACGUGCAUCCUAAUUACGCCACGCAUCCGGUGACGAAGGAUUCGUACACGGCGUAUAACAAGCCGUUUAGUAUUCAUCACUGGUUGACGAACGCCGAGGUGACGGCGGACUUUAUAAUCGUGUUAGACGCGGAUAUGAUCUUUCGAGCGCCGAUGACGGUGGAUUUACUCGGUGUGCGAAGAGGGGCGCCGGUGAGCGCGAAGUAUGGGUACUUGAUCGGGACCCAACCGGAGAGUCACAUGGGAGUGAAGGCGCGCGUGCGGAACGUGGAAAAGGCGCAGCAAGUGGGCGGUUUCACGGUGAUGCACAGGGAGGAUAUGCGCAAACUCGCGCCGAGAUGGCUGUAUUGGACCGAGGAAGUGCGUCAGGACCCGGACUCUUGGGCUAACACCGGAGACAUAUACAACGCGAACGGCAAAUACGGUCCGCCGUGGAUAUCCGAAAUGUACGGGUACGUCUUCGCCGCGGCGGAGGUGGGCAUCACGUUUCAAGUGCAUGACGACUUCAUGCUGUAUCCUGGGUACGAUCCACCGAGUGAUUCUAGAUUUCCCGUCGUUUUGCACUACGGCUUGACGUUCAACGUCCAAGAUUACGCGUUCGAUAAGCAAUGGUUUCACAGAUCUGUACUCGGAUGUCCGACCCCAGAGUUGUUUCAACGGCCGCCAACGCUCGCCGAAUUGCGAAGCAAAGGCCCUCAACGUCGGCGUGACGAGGUCGCAUUAGUGUGCGCGUGGGGUUUGUACAACGCGACGCGCCAGUACGCGAUAGAGCGAUGCGGUAUCGCGAAUCCGAUCGAUACUCGCAAGAUACAUUACUCUUGUUCAAAGGACGCUCGCGGCGUGUUGUCGUGCAGCGAGCGAAAGAACACCGACGACACAUUUCGCGGCGGCGGCGGUGACGACGACGAAGAAGAAUGUCGAGACACGAAUGAUAUGUGUUGCGGAUGGGCGCACGACGGUGAAUGCGAGAAGAACCCGUCGUUUAUGCUGCAAAGUUGUCCGCGAUCUUGCGACACGUGUACGGUGCGAUGCGAGUCUCGUUGUUGUCCGCCUGAGAAAGAAGCGGUGAAGGAGGAGACGGAAACUCAGAAUGAUUUAAACAAGCCUAUGAAUGAUGGAGCGUCGACUGUCCGGGACGACAAGGUUGAAGACGAACUCCACUCUUUCGAGGACGCACGGGAGGACGAACCGUUGCGAGCAGUCGAAAAAGACUUUGCGACGACGCCCGACGACGAAAGUGGAUGGUACACGUAUUGGCACGCGUUUCUCAUCAGCUCGACGCUCUUGUUCUGUGUCGUUCGUAUUCGAUUAGCGCUAAAACGUCGCGCGCGCCGGCGUUCGCGCCAUUAUGUCGUCGUUCGUAGAUGA